GAUAAGAAAAGUUACUUGAUGAUCAAUCUGUAACACAGCAUCUGUUAUGCAAAUACCUGUCUGAUGGGAAUGUUGCACCGCAGGCAUGCACUCGUCAUCUAGGAUUACUGACGUCGGAAAACGAUUCCCGUGCCUCGGAUCUUUCACAAUAUGUCCCAAACAUGCAGCUAUUCGUUUGGACCGAGAAUCCAAGACGCUGGAGGUGAUGGACCUGUGCUCUGAUUCCGGCGUCAUCGUCGAUCAACAAACAUUGAGUCCUCUGGUCUGGACAGCGUUUGGUGAGCAUAAUCGUUUAGUGUUUGGUUCGGUGGUGGUUACUAUUGAAAUCGCACGCUCAACGAAAUCCGUCGAACAGCAGGACCUGUUCCUCGACGAAGACUCUAUGGAUUUUAUCGAUUGCAGUAUAGCUGAAUCACCAAUUGCUGCAUCGAGAAAUGAAGUAACAACAACAUUACAAAAAGGAUCACAAAGAACUUUCGCAGCCAUUAACAGCUCGGCACCCGUUCACACCGCGGCACAAUCUGCGUCCGAUUUCAAAGAUCGUCGAAGCAGCCUUUUCGUCGCAGCGACUCAACAGCACAAUGUCAGUGCCCUGUCAUCGAUUGCUAAUGAAACUUUGUCGACCACAAAAGAACACAGUGUUGCUAAGCAGCAAGAAGGAAAGGCAGCCAACCAGGUUCCGUUGGAAGAUGAUGGCAGUUUUGAUGAUUUCUUUAUUCCUGAAACCCAACAACCGGAGGAUGAUCUUGAAUGCCCCGCCGAGCCAAAUGGUUCCAGCGGUUCCCAAGCUAUUGUUAAAGACUCAGGUCAGGCUAUUCCGGCAAGCAAUCAUACCCAGGAGGAAGAAUACAUCCAAAUUACCGAGCUGUACGAAGGGGAUAAUGAUAGUAAUAGCAAUGAUGGUCUCUUUAAUAACAAAUACGUUGAAGCAUCGCAAAAUCUGAUGGAUACAGAAAUAGACGUGUCGUUCCAGCGCGGUGCAGCAAAUGAUGCUGCUGGCAAACGUGUUGGUUCCAUACUUCCCGAUCGUUCGGUCGAUUCGAUAUCGUUUAUCGAACAUCGUAACAACACGACGGACAAUAUGAGCCGCAUCGAGUGGAACGAAACACGGGUUGAAGAAAAUCAAGAUCCAUUGUCGUUAAAAUGCACGUCUACGAAGGCUGCAACCACUGUAAAGUUAAGCGUGCAAGCAAUUACCGAACCGGAUGAUCGUUCGGUUACACCCGAGCUGGAUUUUGAUAAACCAUCUGAUAGAAAAGAUGAUGGACGUGGGGGUUCAACAACGCCUGAUCCACACUUUACAGGCAAGCCGCAGCCCGGUGUGGAUAUCGUGACCAACGAUUCGCUAAAGGAUUUAAGGGAGACACCAACCAUUCGUAGUGGAUCAACAACGCCUGAUCUACAGUUUACAAGCAAGCCGCAGUCCGGUGUGAAUAUCAUGACCAACGAUUCGCAAAAGGAUUCAAGGGAGACACCAACAAUUGAUUUUGAUGGAGAAGAAGAAGAAAAUCAAGAGACGUUGGAGAUACCUCGGAAUCAGAAAGUUUCUCUGCCUCCACAAUCAAAGUCAGCCAACGCGUCGAUUGGUCCAUACGAUCUGGAAACACAGGCGUUAGAUGUGGCCGAAGGGGUGUUACCAACAGAUCAAGAUGCAUAUAACUUGUUAACACAACCUUUUAGUAAAAAGGAAACGACGUCAUUCGCAAUGCCACGAGCUCCAGUUUCGGUUUCAUCUUCAUCAACGAAUAGGAUUAGCACUAAACAACAAGAGCCGAUUGACGAGGACGAUUUACUUACACAACCCCUUAGCCCUCCUAGAUUUGAUAUGGCGACAAAUGUUAAGAGAGGUUCAAUUACAAGGGUUACAGUACAUACGGUAAUGGAUCUAGAUGAUCUAGUUACUCAGCCUCUAAGCCCACCGGGCCGUUCCUCUGGAAAAAAUUUGAAGUAUAGCGUCAUGGGAAAGAGCAAAUCAUCUCCGAUGAUUGAUGAAGACGAUCUGGCAACCCAAGCUCUCAGUCCUCCCAAGUUUGUUCCGCUAUCACGUCGUGCGGGAGGUAGAAUUAAGGAUAGUCAGAAGAAAAACAUUUCAGUCGCUGCGUCUAGUAUGUACGAUGUGCAAACGCAACCCAUGACCUCUCCAACAAACAGCUGUACAUUGGACAAGAAGGUGCCUUAUGUUGUGCUGAGGGAUAUCAAACACCACGGGAUGGGCAAGGGAAUGGAGCACGAUCCAUAUCUAAUUGCUACUCAGCCGUUAUUGGACGGGGACGUGUAUGAUCUGCAAACACAAGACCUACUUGAGGCAAGUAAGGUGCCUGAAAAUACCAACGAAACGAGCGAAGAAAACAAAACGGAAGAUGAUCCCGACUGUACAGUACCGUUGAUAAUUGAAUCGCAGUAUCUAGCUGGCAAAGAUGAACCCAACGUUUCCAUGUUUAAUCCUCAAAUCAAUAGCACUGUGCGUCAAUCACAGAUACUCUUGCAUCCAAACGAUCGUGACCAGAAAAAAUUAGAAAUUUCGCCUUCCUCCAACAAAGAGAACCGAACGGGUGAUGAUCGUACCAGCACCCGUAGUGAAGAUGGCGAUGAUACUGAUGACGAUGAUAUCUACAUGGCGUCAACUAUGCCGAUUGGUGAGCUGAUCACUAGCAAAACUGAUGCCAAAGCAAAGAACAUGAAUCCAAAAAGUGUCGGGAAAGGCAAGGGACCCGAAGCGUUGUUCCAAGUACCGUCGAAGGUGGAAAAUACGCCGAAAGCGCCGAAACGUAAGCCUUCGGAUUUGGAAGAGUUCCUCACUCCGGAACAUCCUCUGUUCGCCCUUCCCAAGCCGGACAAUAUUCUGUCGACUACGAAUGUCAUUUCAGAACUGGCCAUGCGAAAUCGCUUCCAGAGCAAGGCCAAACUCCAGUACCCGUUCGGCGAUGGUAGCAGCAGUGACGAUGAUUUGGAGGAUAAGGGCAUAUUUAAGAAGACCAACAGAAGUAAAGCAUUCGAACAGGAGCUCGAGAAGGCGAAAGAAGAUUCGACUCGGAUUAAGCAAAUUAAGAAAGAGUCUAGCGCUAAAAGUAGCUCGAUUAAGACCAGCCGUUCUAAACGCAACGACGACAAAGAACUAACAGUGGGAAGUACUGCUGAGGGUGAUCGUGCUGCUAAGUCAUCGAGCAGCAAUAAAACGGCUAAGGAGAAGACAAUGCGGAGAAAAGAGCGAAGCGUUUCGAAAGAAAAGGAAACCAGACCAACUCGAACAAGGGCCAAGACCGAUGCUAAGCCAGUGUAUAAAGAAGAGAACAGUAGCGACGACGAUCAGGACGACGAUAAAUUUCGAAGCGUUGCGAAGAAAAAGGAAACCAGACCAACUCGAACAAGGGCCAAGACCGAUGCUAAGCCAGUGUAUAAAGAAGAAAACAGUAGCGACGACGAUAAAUGGAAAGUUCGUGUUCGUAGCGGUCGAGGGGAGGAUCAAAAGAAGUCGAAGGUGAUUAUCGAUGAGUCUGUUGAGUACGUAGGGACUAACACAGCAACCGAGGCUCUUUCAAAAACUCGAGGACGCAAAAGGAAGGAUGUUUCGACUGACAAAGAAAGGGAUGUACAGUCGGAAGAAGGGCUAAUGAAGGCUCCAACGAGGGUAUCGAAACGCCAGAAAGCUAGCAACCCACAGUAUAAGGAUUACAUCGAAACUACGGACGCUAGUAGAGUGCGCAGCAAGGUAGAUAGUUCGAUUGGAAGUGGGAAAUCUUCUUCAAUUGUGUCCGGGGAUAUGUUCGGGGGGUAUAACAGCUCAAAUAGUGGUUCGGCGAGUGAGGGAUCGAAACGAUCGACACGUGCCGCUAGCUGUCGAACCAUGAUCAUGUUUACCAGGAUCAAUGGUGAUCUGUACAAAGACAGUAUCCUUCGUGCUGGCUGUAAGAUAGUGGACAUACCUGAGAUGGCAACAAUCCUGGUGACGGACCGUGUUGUUCGCACGAACAAAUUUCUGUGUGCCGUUGCCAGAGGAAUACCAAUCGUGGGACAGUCGUACUUGGACGCAAUUCAGGGCGUCAGCAAUGGCAGUAACAUCGAGGCAACUGUCGAUCCGUGGCAGCAUAUCUUACUGGAUCGCGAGUCCGAAAAGCGCUACAAAUUCGACCUUCGCAAGACACUUCUGAGGGCGCAAAAGUCUAAACUUUUGAGUGGUUACACCGUUUUCGUUACCUCAAACACACAUCCACCCGCAUCAGAGAUCUUCUUGAUGCUUUCGAGCGCUGGAGCAAUACCACUGAAGAAUCCCGCCAGUAGCAGGGCGCCUAAAGAUUGCGACAAAACGUUCGUUAUUUCCUGCCCCGCUGAUGCUAGCUCGUGGGAGAAGUAUAGGGAAAAGUACCCGACAAUAGAAAUCGUUUCGACGGAAUGGCUCAUGUGUUCCCUAAUGCAAUAUUCGAUUUCGUUCAAGAACCAUCGAUUACUGUAAAAUGCGGCACAAAACCGAAGAGCCCAGGGAACUUUGUUAGAGUUAUCGUUACUUCGUCUAUUAGGGCACGAUGUGUGCCAUAGCCUUGUUAUUCUUUUAAUUCAGUUUAGUUUCUAUCGGUUUUGCCGUGGCGUCCAUCACAAUUUUAAGAUUAUUCGAACCUGUAGUUAUCUAUAUUUCGUAUUCGUGUGAGCGUUGCUGUCUGUAGUAAUCGUAAAAUUGGUUGUAUUUAAACAGUUACAUUUCUGGUUUUCCUGUUUGAGCUGCGAAUAAAACAAGAUCCGCCGAGAGAUCAUGCGGCUGCUGGCUUGCAUCAAGCCAGCUGUUGGAUUCAAA